CACACCCCUAAGAGCGACAUUAAAAGAGCCGGCGGUGAGGGACCCCCAGCAGUCCCGUUAUAAAUCGUCCAACACUUUCGAAACGCUGUAUAUUUAUUUUUAGUGGAGCAAACGACUGAAACCUGCGCCUCUUCGUUUUUCUAAAGUCUGUCAUGUCAAACAGUGAUCAUGGCCAUUUAUCAGAAAUCAGCUGUACUUUUUAGCUGGAGGUUGCUGAGACAAUCAGAAAAUACUUUAUUUUUGCUGGCAGCUGCACCUGACCACAGACUUUUUUCGAGUCGGUCAGUGCCGGAGCUGGAGGAAAAUGUUCUGCCCGAGAACUUGGCAGCCACGCCGGCGCCGGCGAAGGAGGAUAAAGACAGCCGGGUAAAAAGCAUCAAAGAGAUGCCGGGACCUAGCACCAUCAGUAACCUGAUAGAGUUCUUUUACCGGGACGGAUUCAGCCGGAUCCACGAAAUACAGUUGGAACACAGGAAAAAGUACGGAAAGAUCUUCAAGUCGAGGUUUGGCCCGCAGCUGGUGGUGUCCAUCGCGGACCGGGACAUGGUGGCCCAGGUUCUGAGGUCGGAAGGCGUAGCCCCUCAGCGGGCCAACAUGGAGUCAUGGCAGGAGUACCGUGACAUGAGGGGCCGCUCCACGGGUCUCAUCUCUGCGGAGGGCGAGGAAUGGCUGAAGAUGCGCAGCGUCCUCAGGCAGCUGAUCAUGCGACCACACGACGUGGCAGUCUUCUCCGGCGAUGUGAACGAAGUGGUCGACGACCUGAUCGACAGGAUCCGGACGCUGCGUGGCAAACAGGUCGAUGGGCAGACGGUGGUCAAUGUCAAUGACCUCUUCUUUAAAUAUGCCAUGGAAGGUGUAUCUACCAUCCUGUAUGAGUGUCGGCUGGGCUGCCUACAGGACGAGAUUCCCAAACAGAGCCUGGAGUACAUCGCUGCUCUGCACCUCAUGUUCAGCUCCUUCAAGACCACCAUGUAUGCCGGAGCCAUUCCCAAGUGGCUGCGGCCCAUCUUCCCCAAGCCCUGGGAGGAGUUCUGUAGCUCCUGGGAUGGCCUAUUCAAAUUCAGUAGGAUCCAUAUUGACAAGAAGCUUUCAGAGAUUCAGAAGAAACUGGUUGAUGGCGAAGAAGUGAAAGGAGGGCUGCUCUCUCACUUGUUGGUGACCCAAGAGAUGUCGCUGGAGGAGAUCUACGCCAACAUGACGGAGAUGCUGCUGGCUGGAGUAGAUACAACGUCCUUCACGCUGUCUUGGGUUACGUACCUGCUGGCACUGCAUCCAGAGGUUCAGCAGCAGGUGUACGAGGAGGUGGUGGGGAAGCUGGGUCAUGACCAGGUGGCCGUCAGCGAGGAUGUCGCACACCUACCGCUUAUCCGAGGACUGGUGAAAGAGACUCUCAGGCUGUUCCCAGUGCUGCCUGGAAAUGGUCGGAUCACACAUGAAGACCUUAUUGUGGGGGGGUACUUGAUCCCAAAAGGGACUCAGUUGGCCAUGUGCCAUUAUUCUACCUCCAUGGAUGAAGACUACUUCCUGGAAGCUGGCCGAUUCAAGCCAGAUCGGUGGAUACGGAAGGACACGGCUGACCGAGUAGAGAACUUUGGCUCGAUCCCCUUUGGCCACGGGAUACGCAGCUGUGUGGGCAGGAGGAUCGCCGAGCUCGAGAUGUACCUGGCCAUCACCCGGCUCCUCCAGACGUUUCGUAUCGAGGUGUCCCCCUUAACUCACAAGGUCCACGCCAAAACCCAUGGAUUGCUCACUCCAGGAGCUCCUAUCAAUGUCAAGUUUGUGGAUCGGCAAUAGGCCCCAAGUCUGUGUAUGGAGAAUUGGAUGACCCCUCUGCUAACUGUGCCUUCACCAAUGUGCAUUAGUCACUUUGAUUAAACUUCAUCUAUCUACACCCUUCUGGACUUAAUACAAAUCACCAUUGAAAAGUUAUUGAAGAUACCCUCUUCAAUAAAGCAUCCAGAUUUUUAAUCAGCCGCUAACUAGUAAGCUAGUCUAUUGACUUUCACUUAUAUAGUUAAAUUUACCACAGUCCUACUCAUUUGAAGGGGCGUGGGUGAAUUACCGAAUCGUUACAUGAAACGUACUUCUUAAGAACCUUUUGUAAAAAGUGUCAAGGUGAUUCAGUCUGCUUUUCGACAGCAGUGAUUAGAGGGUCGCAGGGUUUUCAUGUCGUUGGUGCAAAUGUAGAGAUUGGUUUGAAGGACCAAAGUUGACCGGAACUGCACUAUAGGACAGGAGAUCUGAGGGCAGCAGUAAUACUGAUAUGAGCCGUUUCCCCACAGACACCAUGUAACAAGGGAGCUUGCAGUCAGCCAUGGCCGAAUCUGGAAUAUGGGCAGCCUGGGCGUCUGCGCCGGGGCCCAGUCAAGGGGUGUCAAGGGGCCUUUUAAUAUGCCUGAUUAAAAAUUGAGUAAAGUGAACACAAUGUAACUGAAGCAUGUUUCCCCUGUAAAUUGUACAUCUUGGAGCUGAUAGGAGUGAAUAGGAACCUUCAUGCUGUAAUCCAUGACUUCCUGAUUAACUGGGGUACAAACAUGAGGAGACACGGAGGCCAAAUUCCCUUAGUCAUCCAUCAACAUGGGAAAGAUAAGAGACACAGACCAAAUGAGGGAGAAGUGUGCUGAUCUUCAUAAGUCAGGGAAUGGGUAUUAAAAAAUAGCUACUCGCCUUAAAAUGCCCAUUUCUACUGUUGGGGCGAUAAUUAAAAAGUGGACAUCAACUGGAACUGUUACAAACCUGCCUGAAAGAGGACCCAAUUUUAUUUUCUUCCACCUACAGUGAGGAGGAUCGUAAGAGAGGCAAAAAAAACCUCAAGGUUCACUGACCAAAUUCAAUAGUCCGAUGAAAUAAAAAUUGAGUUUUUUGGCAAUAAACAUUCAAGGUUUCACGCCCAGCUCGUCCGGUCCUCGUGCGUGCCUCGCCCCUCAUCAUCCACGUGUGCUUCCCCGAUUGUGCCCAGCUGUUCCCUGUUAUUUCGGCUUGUCUUGCGUAUAUUAGCGCACAUCUUCCUCUGUUGGGUGUCCAUCAUUGAUGUGAUACACGUCGCUGUCUGACCUGGUCUCUUCAAUAAACCCUGUUCUCCUUUA